AGAAUGUGAGGUCGAUCAAAAGCGUACCAUUCAAACGAGGUGAGACUCGGACGGGCACACGUUCGCCCGGCGGCCGAAGAUGCCGCGACCAAGCUCUACCGUCUGCAACCAGCUGUGAGCUCCACGAGCAGGCAUCAUCACUGUUAUUGUCACGAAAUGCUCACCUCACUCCCUGUUCUUGCCUCGCUGGCAACUAUUACCUCUGCAGCUCGCCUGCUGCUGCAAAUUCCUACCACACAUGUAGUGAACCCCUCCGCACUCUCCUCCACGACCCACGCCACUCUGCAGUCAAAUGGUUCACCACUAGAUGCAUAUCUGACCCGCUCCAACACCUUCAACUUCAACAAUGUCAGCGUCGGAAGCUAUCUUGCGACCGUACAUUGUCGGGACUAUGCAUUUGAGCCUCUGCGCAUCGACGUCAGCAUCGAGGAGUCUGUUGAGGGCAGUGGGGAGAAGAAGGAAGUGAUCAAAUCCUGGCAGACGUUUUUGGGCAAUGAGUGGGACAACAAGGGCGAGAGCAGAGGAGAGGGCGGUAACGGCCUUGUUAUCGAGGCCAGACCAGUUGGCCAGAAGCAGUUUUAUCAGGAGCGUGCUGGAUUCUCACCUCUUUCCUUCCUGAAGAACCCUAUGAUUCUCAUGGCUGUCUUCUCCGGUCUGCUCAUGUUUGGCAUGCCCAAGCUGAUGGAGAACAUGGACCCCGAGAUGAAGGCCGAAAUGGAAGAGAUGCAGAAGAAUGGUGUUCUGGGCUCGGGCACAACGCAGACGGCGCAGCAGAUUCAGAAUUUCGACUUGGCGUCGUGGAUGGCAGGCAAAACAACGGACUCCAACUCGAACAGCCGCGGUCAAAGUCCGGCUCCAGAGAAGCAGGCUUCAAAGAAGCGCUGAGGUCACAGGUGUAUGUUUGUGACUAGAAUGGGCAGUAGUGCGAAGAAAGAACGGCGACUGGAUAUCAAUCGAGCUGAGCGAGUAUUCUUGAUGUAGAUAUCGCCGACCCCACAAAGAUACGACAUGUCUGACAAUAUGACACGGGGCAUGUCGCUGUAGAUUCAACGGCGAGUAUAUAUGUUUUGCAUAUUCACGAAAUGCCACAAGCCAAUCCAACAAAGUUGAAAUCUUGUGGCUCAGCAAUGCGCCCUCUUGGCUUAGUGGUAAAGCGUAUCACUAGUAUGACUUCGGUCAGCAAAUGAUAAGAUCGCUCGUUCGA